UUCUAAACUUGUAACACGUUUUUGUUGAUCUUUGUUUAUUACUUUUAUCUCUCAAGUCUUAUAAAUAUGGGGAAUAAUUGGACAUGAAAUGGAAGCAGAAGAGGAUGUCGAAACAAAGGUUGCAGGGUAAGGUGGCGAUUGUGACGGGUGGAGCCACCGGAAUAGGCGCAGAAGCCGUAAAGAUAUUCGUGGAAAACGGUGCAUCCGUGGUCAUAGCAGACAUCAAAGACGAAUUGGGUCACAAGUUGGCUACUUCAAUUGGGUUGGAGACGGUUAGUUACCAUCACUGUGAUGUGAGAGACGAGAAACAAGUUGAGGAAACAGUGGCUUUCGCGGUAGAGAAGUAUGGCAGCAUCGACAUAUUGCUGAGCAAUGCUGGGAUCCCAGGGCCUUUAUCAAGCAUCCUAGAGUUCGAUCUGAAGGAAUUUGACAACACGGUGGCAGUGCAUGUACGAGGAGCAGCAGCAACAAUAAAGCACGCGGCACGUGUGAUGGUGGCGAGGAAGACACGUGGGUCGAUAAUUUGCACGGCUAGCGUGGCUGGGUCGUUCGGGGGAUGCGCGGGACAUGAUUACACGGCAUCCAAACACGGCCUUGUAGGGCUUGUUCGUUCGACGUGUAGCGAGCUUGGAGCAUAUGGGAUAAGAGUGAAUUCCAUCUCGCCUUUUGCAGUGGCGACGCCUCUUACCUGUGGCACCUUCGAUAUGGAGCCUGCUGAAGUUGAAGCUGCGGGGCAUGCUCUUGCCAAUCUUCAUGGGAUUACGCUCAAGGCUACUCAUAUUGCCCAAGCUGCUCUCUUUCUCGCCUCUGAUGAUUCCGCUUAUAUCAGUGGACACAACAUGCUCGUCGAUGGAGGCUUCUCCGUCGUUAAUCGUGGUCUUCCUAGUAUAAUUCAAAAUUAAAAUCUUUCCAUAUCCCAUGCCAAAUGCAACAUAUCAACACACCUAAUAAAAAUCACCUUCCACACAUUCAUGCAUCAUCUCUUAAAUCUACUCCAUCUUAAUUCAAAUUCGACUUGUGCAUCA